AUGUCCUACGUGUUCGUCAACGACUCCUCGCAGACCAACGUGCCGCUGCUGCAGGCUUGCAUCGAUGGAGACUUCAACUACUCCAAACGGCUGCUGGAGAGCGGCUUUGACCCCAACAUCCGAGACAGCCGGGGCCGGACCGGCCUCCACCUGGCUGCAGCCAGGGGAAAUGUGGACAUCUGUCAGCUCCUGCAUAAAUUCGGUGCUGACCUCCUAGCCACUGAUUACCAAGGUAACACAGCCCUUCACCUGUGUGGCCAUGUGGAUACCAUCCAGUUCCUCGUGUCUAAUGGACUUAAAAUUGAUAUCUGCAACCACCAAGGUGCAACACCGCUUGUUCUCGCAAAGCGGAGGGGUGUGAAUAAAGAUGUGAUUAGACUGCUGGAGUCUUUAGAGGAGCAAGAGGUGAAAGGAUUUAACAGAGGAGCUCACUCCAAGCUGGAAACCAUGCAGACUGCUGAAAGUGAAAGUGCCAUGGAAAGCCAUUCCCUCCUUAAUCCAAACCUGCAGCAAGGUGAGGGAGUUCUCUCCAGUUUCCGUACGACAUGGCAAGAGUUUGUGGAAGACCUGGGCUUCUGGAGGGUGCUGCUGCUCAUCAUUGUCAUUGCCCUGCUGUCCCUUGGGAUCGCCUACUAUGUCAGUGGGGUGCUUCCCUUUGUAGAAAACCAGCCUGAGCUGGUGCACUGAGACAAACACAGAGAAGUGCACUGUGCUUUCCCCUGGUCUUACUCUGAGCUCCUUUGAAUUCUUCUCUCGGUGCAGGCAGUGGCAGCUGUGUCUGCUGAUUGCCUUUCCUACC